AUGGCAUCUCUACGGCUGAGCACGCUAGUGGCGCUGCUCAUCGCAGCGGUAUCGCUACCGGUCACUGCCCUCGAUUUCUCUAUCCAAUCCGUCAACUGCACCGAGCUCGACUGGAGCGUCACUCUCUCACAGACAGAAUGGAGCGUCAGUUCAUACGUCGAGCUUUUCUUCGUUUCUCAGCAAGGAGGUCAGAACUACUCGCUGCUCUAUUCGGCUCUCGGCAAUGGCGACUUCCCUUCGCCAGGUACCUACGACAAGGUCACCGAUUUCGGUAGCACCCGACCCAGCGGCGAGUAUCGCAUCGGUGUUGGACUCGCCGACAUGAAUGGCAACAUUCUCACCACGGCUACCUCGUCUAGCGGUGGAUCGGUUCAGGUCACGGCGAUUGAACCGAGUACAUACACUUUUGGAGGCUGCCCCGGAAACGCGUUCGGCAAUACUGUGGUUGCGCCGUCGUCAACCUCGACGAGUGCUUCUGCUGCUGCUGCUGCCUCGAGCUCGGCGACCAGGACUAUGUCUUUGACUAGCUCAGCGCCGACUUCGACGAUGCUAUCGAGCGUGUCUUCGAUGGCGCAGGCAUCAUCCACCUCGACUGCUGCACCUCUGUCUUCGGCAGCAGCACCUCUUUCUUCCCCCGCAUCGGCGUCGACCUCGACUUUGCCUCCGACACGAACCACCAACAAAGCCGCUAUCGCUGGAGGUGUGGUUGGUGGGAUUUUGCUUCUUCUGAUCAUUCUCGCCCUGGCUCGGUGGUGUUCGUCGCGUCGAAGGACCAAGAGACUCAGCCGCGCUUCGCAACGCGCGUCGACGUUGCGUCCCCUAUCGCUCAGCGAGAAGAUUGCUACCUAUUCGAAUGGGGCUAGGUCGCCUGAAAUCCCGCGUCAGACGACCCAAGGAGCGUAUGCUUCUAGAGACACUCUCGAAUUCGCAGCCCUUGGCAGACUCAGCGAAAGCUCACGACGACGUUCUGAGGCGUAUACACCCUACACGGCAUCGCACAUCGACGAGCUGUCUAUCCACAACAUGAUCACCUCGUUUCCGUCUGCCGAGCCAGAACAAGAAAUUCAGGUGGUCAAAGUUCCUUUCAGCCUCCAAGCCGUCCAGCAGAAUCCUUCGACUUAUGACACGUCCUCCUCUGCCAGCCAGUACCAGCCACCCGACAGGAACGGAAGGCAAGCGCGAACAAACUUGAACGAGGACAUUCCUGCCUAUCCCAUCAACGCGGCUUCUCUUUCUUACUCUCGAUCCAGAUCAGAUCCGCUCGUGAUCGACCUACCGUCCAUCAACACAAGCCCGCUGACCUCCCCUACCAACAGCGCAUUCCAGAGUCUAUCAAGGCGCAUUUCGCCCGUGACUCCGACCUUCAAGAUCCCGCGAGUAAGCGUUCCUACCUAUGCAGCGGACCGCGAUAUCGAAUCAGCCGCUGCAGGCGAUGCAGGAAUGGGCGAGGAAAUGUCGAGGCAGCCAUCGUGGAAUUCUAGCGUGAGGAGGUUGUCUGCGGGUGGAGCGACGCUCGCCUCGGCUGACGAGGAUCCGUUUGUUGACGCUGCCGAGAACCAGGAAGUUCAUGGUAGGAGGCUUGUCUAG